AUGCGUCACCAUGCUGCACCAUCGGCAUUGGAGGCAGCAGAUGUUGACACUUUUCUGGCGGCUGGACUCGCACAGGCGGGAUCACACAACUUACGAGACGGCCUGGGUGUGGAGGAGCGCUAUCUAAACUUUGAGUUCGGAACAGUCCAAGGAAAAGCCCCUGCUGGCAUGAGGAGAAGAGUGGAGGAAAUGCAGGCCAGAGCUCAUGACUCCGAUACACUCCCGGAAGAGGUCUGCUCGUUGCAUCAAGCAGAAACUGCUGCAGCUCAGCGCAUUCAAGAGCUAGACAGCAAUUUGCGAGAGGAAGCAAAAGGUGUGGAGCAAGUGCUUGGGUCAGCAGGGGGAGGAACGUCAUCUUCAGCAGAACUGGCGACAGAGGCCAGAAGAGAGUGGAAUGAAGUUAUUUUGAGGAUCAAGGCACUUUGGGAAAGCCAGAAAUUGAAGCACAUCUUGGAGAUUCAAGAGCAACGAUUUGGCAAGGAGGAUCGAGACACACUCAACACCAAGAUUGAUCUGGCGGCCGCUCUGCAGCUGCAAAAGGAUUUCACCGGAGCGCAGAAACAACUGGAAGAAGUAUUUGAAGCUCUUAGCCGAGCUCGAUCUGCCGAUCUGAAGCCACAACUGGAGGAAGUAUCUGAAGCUCUUGGCCGAGCUGGACCUACCGAUCUCAAGGAUGACCCACUCACACGCAGGGCGGUCGACUGCUUUGCGAGUUUACUUGGAUGCCUUCACGAAGACAAGGAGACAGUGUUGAAGGAAGUCUCGAAAAUGCAAUCGCAAAAGCUUGGGGAGGAGCAUCCACUGACCGUGAACUCCAAGGCCGACCUAGCAGUUCUACAAGAACGGGACGAGCAAAAAGAAGCCGCUCAAGUGUUGAAGGAAAUUUUGCGAGAACCACAUGGACAUGACGUGGGCAUUGAUUUUGUGAAAGAUCUUACACUUAGCCCUGGACCUGCUGCUGCGGCGAAGGACCCCAAAGAGCUGGUGAGUCACAGUCUACCUGCUCCUCCGGGACCUUCAGAUGCAGGAAUUGGAUGCAACCAAGUGAUUUUCGGAAUCGUGCGACAGUAUCGUGGACAUGUUUUUACUUACCUCGCCGGAUCCCACGACUCGGAGAAGCUCCAAGAGGUGGCGCAACUGAACGAAGAGGUUCGCUCAUUGCGUCAAGCUGAAGCUGCUGCAGCUCGGCGCAUUGAAGAACUAGAAAGUCGAUUGCGAGAGGCCGAAGCUAAUGAGUCGCAGAGGCUCCGAGAAGAGGUUGCGCAACUCCAAGAAGAGGUUGACGUUCAAGAACCUCAUCUGUACUUCACAUUGCGAGACAAGCCUGCCAUCCUGGAGAAAACGGCCGACAUCUCCUACCACGGCCACAUCAAGCGGGAAGAAGGUUUAGACUGCUACGUGUCCUUUCCUGGAAAAUAUGCAGCCGGUUGGGAUGCAUUGAUCAAGGAACGUCACGGACAAUCCGUGGCGUGCGUGUUCCUCUGCACUCCAGCCAACGGCCUUGGAAAGCACUAUAAAGAAGAAUUUGGUGGCCAGUGCUAUUGCCCCACAAUUUAUGGGCAGCGGGACUUCAGGACUUUCGGUUACUUGAAAGAGCUGCCAGCAUCUUGUAGCGAAGCAGAGGAGAAGAUUGAGGUAGAGAAGGCGAAAGCCACGAAGACUGUUGUGGUUCGAUCAGAUGCCAGCGACAAAGACAAACGAGAAGCUGAAGAGAAAGCACGACAAGCUUGGGAGGACAGUGGCAGAGUUGCCUCCUGGGGAUGUGAAUGGUUCCACACGUGGAAGAACCAGGUGGCCGAAGCCGUGAGGUUGAAGCAACGUCUCAAGGUCGUGUUUUUCCCUGCACAGACUGGCAAAGGUAUAGUUUCUUUUGAGGAUUUGAACAGAGAUGAUGUAAAUCUUUGGGAUGGAGUUGGCUGCGGUGGGAGCCAAAAGUGCGAAAUCGCAUACUUGGAGCGGAUGAGGCAGCAGCAAGGAGAGGCUUGGAAUUAUGAUCAUGUGGACGUCAGCCAUUUCCUGAAGGAAGAGUUCAAAGUUGGGGCUAAAGUUGAUGCGUGGGACGGCAAGCAGUGGUGCAGAGGUACUUUACUCGAUGUUCCCUUGAGGAUACCAGAGAAGCCCGAGGAGGCAAAAUGGACCGUAGAGUCCCAAACGAAGUGGCACAUUUUUGUUACAGAUCGGGUUAGGCAUGCAGAUUUGAUUCAGGCGAUGCUUGCAGAAGUUGGGCGCGAAAACUUCGUGGACCUGGUGAAAGACUCAUUAUCAACAGAUCUUGGGAUCGUGACAAAUCAGGAUUUUGUAUUCCCAGACGGCACACCUUCGCUCGCUCUCAGACUUGGGAUUGACAACAUUGCGUCUCUCCAGCAUGUACGGAAUGUAGUUUUGAAUAGUGACUUGGAAUCGCGCAUAAAUGAAUCUUUGAAGAAGUGGCAAGUGCACGUGGAUAAGACGCACUUUUGCAAGGUUUUUGAGCGAGAACUGCUAAACCUCUCAGACUUGACAGACCAUCAAAAGGAGAAAGUGAGAGAUAUCAAAGAUCUCAUGAAGCACGGGGUUGUCCAUCUGUCGGCUCCUGCAGGUAAAAGAUGGGUGCCUAGCCGGUUCGAAGGUAAAAGAUGUCUUGAUUACGGAAUUCUCAGCGGCGGGUACGGUUUUGCUGAUUGCCCGCGUUACAGUGAAUGUAAGAUUUCUGAUCACAAGAUGUUUUGGCUUAGAUUGCGCUUGCCCAUUUUCCAGACUGAUACGUGGAGGUUCGCUUGGCGGCCUAACUAUGAAUGUCCUCCGGAAGUGCCUGUUGAGCAAUGGCGGGCCGUGCUUGCAGAACAAUGGGCCGCUUACGUGCCAUGUUUUUCUCAGGAUCCCGACCAAGAUUGGGGAUAUUUUCACCAGUUUGCUGAAAAGAGCAUGCGUGAAGCAUUGCACUUGUGUGGCCAGCCCGUGCCUAGGCCAGGCCAUGCGCGCGGGAAUUUGCCUCGUGUGAUCAAGGCUGAACGCCCCCAGGUGAAUACGUUCCCUGCCAGAAAACUUGUUAAUGUGCUUGGUCGUCUCUAUGAAGUGAAGCGACAGUUAGCCAAGUCCCAGGGAGACAAAAAGCUUUUGCAAAAAUUAUGGUCGACUUGGCCGUCUGAAUACAAUGAGCUUUGGGGGUCUUGGAACCACGCUAUUGAAGUGUUUGAACAACGCAUUGCGCUUGAAAACAGGAAGUCCAAGAACCAAAGGCUGACCGAGUGGCGUACCAGAAUGCGCCAGGGGGGCAAAGAGGUGACCCGGUGGAUGAAGCCUCACAAACCUCCAACACCACGCUCUGUUUCCGAAGAUUCUUGCGCCACGAUCACGCAAACCCUUGAUUGUAUUCGUUCUUUUUGGCAGCGUAUUUGGAAACGUGAUGACCUCGUUCCACACUUACCCCCAGAAUUUAGAACAAUGGAAGCCCUGGCUGGACCCCAAACUGAUUGGAUGCCAGAUGCUGCCCUCAUCCAUCAGGCCGCUCUCAGAGCCUCGGGGUCUGCAGCCGGAUGUGACGGUUGGUCCGGCAGCGAAGUUUGCCAUUUCCCGCUUGUUGCUUGGGAUCACUACCGUGAUUUGGUUUUGCAUUGGUCUCAGUUAAAACAAUUCCCACAGGCAUGGCUGCAGGUUCGUCAGGUUCAUUUAAGAAAGGAUGACGGUGGGACUGUAGGGUCUUUGCGGCCUAUUGCAGUUGAAAGCAUUUUUCUUCGGUUGGUCUCCUCAUCUUAUGUGAGGACCCCACAGGUUCAGGAAUGGAUUGCGUCUCGGGUCCCCGAGCAGUGCCAUGGAGGCUUGAAAUCCCGGGGGGUUGCCACGGCAUGGAGGCAACUCAAUGAAGCGUUUGAAAGCCAGGAAGUUCUUGCUUCUUUAGAUUUCUCCAAAUGUUUUGAUUUUGUCCACCCAGGUUUGGCCAUUGAAAACAUGCAACUGCAAGGGUUGCCAGAUGAGUGGGCUAACAUUUUGAUGUUUGUAUGGGGUCAUCAAGUGCGAUGGCUGUGCUUGGGGAAAGCUGUGCACCCAACGCCGGAGCAUGUCCAGACCUCCAUGCCGCAAGGUGAUGCCUUUGCACCUCUGGCUCUUAUCAUGUUGCUCAUUAGGCCCCUUCAUGAUGUGUCUUCCAUUCCAGACUUGCGUCAGGUUGCAUACGUUGAUGAUCGCGCUUUGAGCGCGCCUAAUGUUCCACGUUUAAUUGCUGGCAUCCAUAGAUGGCGCAGCUGGAGUGACACUUUGGGUCUCCAUGAAAACGUUCAAAAAAUGCGUUUAGUUGCCUGCACUGCGCAACAAAAGCAAGAGAUCAAUGACGCAGGGUUUGGUGAGUAUCUCCGACCGGCCACUCGGGUCUUAGGUAUUGACUUUAAGGAAAGUGACCUUAUUGUUUCCCCUGUUCUUGAAAACCGUUUGCAAGAAGCAGUGUUUGCCGCUCACCGUUUGCAGAAAUUGCCGGUUGCCCGCGAUAUCAGGAUGUCUUUGUACAGGUCCAGAAUCAUUUCACUCGCCACCUGGGGCGCUUGGUUUGAACGAUUGCCGCAGUCACAGUUGCCUUCGCUUCGAAAGGCAUGGCAUGCCAUUUCCUAUCUGCAAGGUAACGCUUCGAGACCUCUUUUCAACCUGCUUGUAGGUCAUAUGUAUCAUGCUGAGUUUUGGGCCACCAUGUCUUCCAUUCGGACCAUGCGCCAAGUUCGUGCCCCUUGGCGAAGGGUGCCACGACCUGGAGGCUGGCAGAGUUUCAUUUGCGCACGCAUGCGAGAGCUGAACUGGGAAUUUCGCGGUCCAUGGAUGUUUGCACAUGAGGAUUUGGGUCAUGUCGAUUUAUCCAAUCCAGAUGAAGCUGUUGUGAAACUCACCGAGCACAAGGUGAGAGAAAGUUGGCGCCGAGUGCAAUUUGCCCUUUGGAAAAAGCAGAGCCGCCGUGAUAGGCAUUAUUUGCUUGAUGUGCCGUAUGAGGAAAGUCGUGUUUCCGAUGCCCGCAAGUUGUUCUCUCUCACGUGUGAUAGUCAUCAGAGGGCCGUAAUGCUUGGUUCUGCGCAUUCCACGGCAUGUUAUGAUAAGAUGCGUGGACACGAAGUGAGGGAACAAUGUCCCUUUUGCGGUGAGCAAAUCCCACCUGUCUGGGAACAUCUCUCCUGGCAUUGCUCCGCCGAACAGUUGUCUUCCGGCCGCCCUGAGGUCCCUGAAGAUGAAUUGCAAAAUCGUCUUGCUUGGCCCACACGUGGGUGUGAUGCCUAUGAUAGAGCGGUUCUUCACCACAUGGCCCGGGUCAGGGCCACUGUGCGUGAAAACAUGAAUUGA